GUUCCCGUUCCCGUCAGCUGGGGGGCACCCGCACGGCUGCCGUACCGAGCACCGGAACUUCACGCUAUUUACACACUUCUGGUUACAAAUUACGUAACUUUUGUGUUAAUCAGUACUCAACCCCCAUUUGCUGGCUGUGCCUCGCUUCUCAUGUUAAUCAGCCCGCGGGCGCGGUUCGCCCCUCCAUCUGAGCCUGCAGUGCGCUCUGAGUGACCACCCACUGCCGGGACUACCACUCCACAGUGACUGCUCAGCCCCGCUGACUUCGCUCCUGCCGGCUCUCGCCCGGACAGCCCAUUGGGACAGUGCUCCCUAUUCCUUACAAUUCCAGCCAAGCAUCCGACGCUACGACGCAGCUGCAGGAUCGGUGCCGCCCGCUCUGAGGCGGGGCCGCCCCUCGGCGGUCACGGCCGUGGCGGCGCAGCGAUGGCGGGCGGCAGCGCCGUGUGGCUCGGCGGGGAGGCGGUGGAGUGGGUGCUGUGCCCCUACGACGUCCAUCACCGCGUCCCCCGCGCGUCGCUGGAGAGGCACGCGGCGUCCUGCCGGCUCCGCAGGAUGGGAUACUCCGCCGAGGAGGAGGCCGAGAUGUACGACUCCAGCUUUUUCUACGAAAACCUGAAGGUUCCCACCGUCGCCAUGGAUAAAGACCUACAGUUUCACAUUGUUAAGCAGGCUAGAGCCCAAAGUGCAAAGGAAGGUACAGGCUACAGCGAAGGAUCUUACUCAUUACUGCCCAUUGAAGUUCCUCAAAACCACAAGCGUUUCACCUGUGACCUGACCCAAGCUGACCGCCUUGCUCUUUAUGACUAUGUUGUUGAAGAAACAAAGAAACAGAGGACUAGAUCCCAGAUAACGGAAAAUGACAGUGAUCUCUUCGUGGAUUUAGCAGCAAAAAUCACCCAAGAUGAUAGUCAGAAAGGUCCAAAGUCCCAUCUUGAAAUUCUGGCUGAAAUGCGAGAUUACAAAAGGCGGCGGCAGUCAUACAGAGCUAAGAAUGUUCAUAUAACAAAGAAGUCCUACACUGAGGUAAUUCGGGAUGUGAUUGGUGUACAUAUGGAAGAACUCAGCAAUCAGUGGCAGGAGGAGAACAGGUUGGACAAUGCAGAGAUAUCUGAAGGAGGGAAGUCAAAGUCUUCAGGAAGAAGGGAAGACAGGCGCUCAGCUUCAGUGGACUCACGGCAGUCUGGAGGAAGCAGCAAGGAUACGGAGUGCACGAGACACAGGAGAGACACCAGCAGGAGUCCAAGCAAACGAAGAAGGAGUCGUGAGAGAGGCAGAGACAGAGACUCUCGGAGAAAGAGAGAGAGGGAUGAAGACAAGUAUCACAACCAUAAAAGAAGAAAGUAGAAACAAAAACCUGAUGAUUUUGUUCAUCAGCUGUUCAAAACAUAACUUCCACAAGAACUAUUGUUAUUGCUGUUUUGCCCAAGACAGUAAAGGUGUGCACAUAAAUAUUGGUAUUACACCGCACCUGUGCUGCUUGGAGACAAAAAAGUGCUAAGGUGUGUCAGGAUGGAAGCAGUAUAUUUCAGAUAAUGUGUAAAUCUGUACCAUUUAUACAUCUGUUAAUAAAUUAUAUUGAUCUUUCA